CAGUCACCGAGAUCAGUUAUCUCUCAACUCGCAAGCUACCAGGAACAUUUUUUAACAUGAAAAUGUUCGAUGUCUUCAUCUCCACCAGAUUCGCCAACGGCGUAUUAUCGUUGGUAAUAUUCUGUUUCGUUGGCUCAUGUUCUGUUUCAUCAAAUAGUACAGAGCUAGCGGAUAAUAUGGGAUUCGGGUUUGAGUUGAUUCUCGCUAAGUUGGAACACCUAGAGCACAAAAUGAAUUCAAUGAAUGAAUUGUUGAUUAAAAUGUUGCCAACUCGGGAGAAUCCACGGAAUACACGACCGGCUAGUACACAACGGCCGUAUACACGACCGCUGAAUACACGACCGCUGGAAACACGGCCACCAAAGGUCGGUGACAGCACGGUUUAUAGAUUUUGUUCUGAAGUUCCUGUAAAUAACACGGCUAUUUAUCUGAUUCAACCAUCGGAGCGAGCGGAUCCAUUCAACGCGAGAUGUGUAACAAACUAUGACGGGGAAGGAUGGACUAUCAUACAGCAUCGUAAUAGAGGUUCAGAAAAUUUCAACAGAAGUUGGGUGGAUUACAAAAAUGGAUUUGGCAUUUUGGAGGGAGAAUUUUGGUUUGGAUUGGAUAAGAUACAUCUUUUGACAAGUUCUCGAAUGCACGAGAUAUCUUUCUAUCUAGAAGACAAGGAUGGCUUAGUGAGGACAGCAAGGUACGAUCUAUUUGCAAUUGGUGACGAAUCGGAGGGGUAUGCGCUCAAAGCUGUCGGAAGAUAUAGUGGUACUGCAGGUAACGUGUUCCACCCUCAAUUGGGAACGAAAUUCACCACGUAUGAUCGUGAUAAUGACUUAUGCCCUACAAACUGCGCUCAGGAUCAUGGGGAAGGAUGGUGGUACACACGUGGUCACAGCAGACUCAACAGAGGACAAUUGUUAUACUAUGGUGAUUCCAAAUCCAUAUGGAUGGAUUUCCGAAGCCAAAUUGGGCUGGAUAUGUCAACGAUCAUGAUAAGAGAAAUUUCAUUUUGAUGACUGGUUUCGCAGUAGCGUCCUAUCGCGUAGUGUUGGAAUUAUUCGCCGAAAAAAUCAUGAAAUACUCGAACAUGACAAAUUCCAGGUUAUUCCCUUACUCUGCGCAACUCUAAUACAACAUUUGAAUCGAAUUUGACGAUGGUUAACGAGGUUGACAAUGACAAUUGUAGAUAUAUAACUCAUAAAAACAGUUCCGAAUCACUCUUAGUAAUUUUAUGUUAAUUUUUUAAUGUACAUUCGCGGUUCUGAAAUGAAGUUGGCGAAAAUAAUAAAUACAUUAAUAAAUUAAGUAAUUUUUCCA